GAGGGGCCAUUCUCGGGGUUGUCCUCUGGGCCAGCCCAGCUGGGGAGAACGUCCCACACCCUCACUCCAGUUCGGGCUGUCAGAUACCCCUUCUCCAGCACACCCACAGACACGGACACGCCUCGAACACGGGAGGUGCCCGCUAACCACUGGUUCAAUGAUCAAUCAGAGCUCUACGGCUACCUGGGGCCCCAAGCAGCAGCGUCUCCCUGGCCCCGCCCACUGCCUCAGGCCCGCCCCUCACUCCUGGCCGGCCAUUGGCGGCCUGGGAGGGUGGGCGGAGCCUUCGCCCCCGCCUCGGCCCAGAUUUUUUGGGCCUGGAGAUUUCAGUUUUCUCUCUGAUUCACUGCUGAGGGUCAAAGGGCUGCCGGAGCCCUGUGGCCUCCUGGGUUCCAAGACUGGUCCCUGAGGUUGGCUGGCAAAGAAGGAGGCAGCUCUGGCUUCAGGAUCAUGACAGAAGCAAACACCACAAGCCCAGAGACCUCAAUGACCUCGGCCAUCCCAGAGGCAGGGGCUGCAGCUGGGACCAGGGCCUGGCCCGCUCUGGUUGGGGUUAUUCUUGCGGCUGUGCUGCUCUCCCUCCUCAUUGCGUUGGCUGCCAAGUGCCACGUCUGCCACCAGCACCGUGACAGCUAUGGACAUCACCCCCUCUCUGAGUCAGGGAAGAUAGAACCUUUUGGGUUGCCACAGGACGAUGACAAGGAGGAUGAUGGCUUCAUUGAGGACAACUACAUCCAGCCAGAGGCUGAGGAGUCUCAACUAAGAGGCCAUGAGGUCCACUUCUCCCUCUGAGACAAGCCCCUUUCUCCCUGCCAGUUCUUCUCUUCCUUCCACUGUGCUCUGGGAUGCCCAAUAAACUCAGACCUGAAGACUGUGUA